AUGUGGCUGAGAUUUCUUUUGGGUGCCUUUCUCCUUCAUGUAACAGCUGGACAGACUCCUGAGCUGCAGUAUGUCCUGAUGGUCCCCUCAGUGCUGCAGAAUGACUCUCCAUAUCAGCUCUGCCUGCAGUUCCUGAACCUCAACGAGUCUGUGUCUGUCAGCAUUGUCCUGGAGUACAAUGCUGUCAACACAACUAUUUUUGAUGAGAUUAUGAAGAAAAAGGAUGCUUUCCAGUGCAACACAAUCACGGUUCCUCGUGCCACUUUUUCCCCCUUGGCCUUCAUCACAUUCUCUGCUGUGGGCCGCACAGUCCGCCUGUUAGAGAGGAGGUCUGUGGCGAUUCAGAACACGGACAGCAUUGUCUUCAUCCACACAGACAAGCCCAUCUACAAACCAGGACAAACAGUGAUGUUCCGUGUUGUUGCUCUGAACACCAGCUUCAGACCUGUUCAGGAAAUGUAUCCUUUGAUCACCAUUCAGGACCCACAGGGAAAUCGGAUCUUCCAGUGGUUGGAUGUGACAUCUCAGACAGCUAUUGUCCAGCUCAUGUUCCAGCUCAUCAAGGAGCCGAUCCUGGGGGACUACCAGAUCACUGUGGAGAAGAGAUCAGGAGAUAAAAUCCAACACACAUUCACUGUGAAGGAGUAUGUCUUACCGAAGUUUGAACUUAAAAUCAAUGCACCAAAAACCAUCUCGGUCAUUAAUCCAGAUUUCACAGUGAAGGUUUGUGGCAUGUACACCUAUGGCCAGCCUGUUGAGGGAACCAUCCAGCUCAGUGUAUGCCGGAAUUUCAAUUUGUACGGGGCAUGCAAGAAGGACCCAAUCUGUCAGGCUGUAACCAAACAACUGAACAAGGAUGGCUGCCUCUCUCAGGUCUUCAGCUCCAAGAUCUUUGAGCUCAGUCGUUCUGGAUACUGGAUGAGCCUGGAUGUGAAAGCAACUGUCACAGAGAAAGGAACAGGUGUGCAAAUCUCAGACUCUGCCUACGUUCCCAUAACCCAGGUGCUGGGCAGUGUGCGGUUUGAGAACAUGGAUCGCUACUACAAAAGAGGGCUCCCUUACUUUGGACAGAUCAAGGUGGUGGACAAAGACGACUCUCCCAUCAAGAAUGAAGUUGUCCAGCUGUUCCUCAGUGAAAAGAACAUUUGCAAUUAUACCACAGAUGACAAUGGCACUGUUCAGUUUAAAAUUGACACUUCUGAAAUGUUCAAUCCUGAGUUCAGCCUGAAAGCUGUAUAUAAAACCAGUGAUGUCUGCCACAUGGAAGGCUGGCUGGUGCCUUUCUAUACUGAGGCCUUUUUCAGCAUCCAGCGGUUCUAUUCCUGGACUAACAGCUUUGUGAGGAUUGAGCCAGUGUGGAAGGAGCUGAACUGUGGCCUAAAGAAGUUGAUCACAGUGCAUUACAUCCUGAACAAAAAGCAGUACAGGGGUGCCACUAGUGUGAACUUCUUCUACUUGGGUAUGGCAAGAGGCAAAAUUAUCCUUCACGGCAAAAAGGAAGUCAACGUCGGUGACGCUCUAAAAGGCACUUUCUCCAUUUCCCUUACCAUCAAUGAGAAGCUAGCCCCAGUCCUCCAGCUCCUGGUUUACACAUUGCAUCCUGCCAGGGAGAUAGUGGCUGACAGUGCCAGAAUCCAGAUUGAGAAGUGUUUCAAAAACAAGGUCCAGCUGAAGUUCUCUCAAGAAGAGGCGGUCCCAUCCUCCAACGUCAGCCUUCUUAUUAAAGCUGCUGCCAACUCCCACUGUGCACUGCGGGCUGUGGAUCAGAGUGUCCUGCUCCUGAAGCCUGAGCAACAGUUGUCUGCUGAGACUGUGUACAGCCUGCUUCCCUUGCAAGAUUUGUUUGGCUACUACUUCAAGAAUCUCAACCUGGAAGAUGACCGCAAAGACCCAUGUAUUCCAACAGACAACAUCUUUCAUAAUGGCUUGUACUAUACACCAGUAACCUCUAACUUAGGCCCUGAUGUCUAUAUGUUUUUCAAGGAAAUGGGCAUGAAGGUUUUUACCAACUCUCGGCUUCGGCAGCCAGUGGUGUGUGAGAGUGAGCGGUACAGACCUGAAUUCCUUUCCCGGCCUGGUGUCGCAGGCUUCUCCACUGUGCACAUGGCUGGACUGUCAGGGGUGAAUGCUCGAGAAGCAAAAGUAAUUGAGACAGUCCGGAAGUUCUUCCCUGACACCUGGAUUUGGGAUCUAGUCCCAGUGGGUUCUACUGGAAAGGCCAACCUCACAUUCACUGUCCCUGACACCAUCACCGAAUGGAAAGCCAGCAUGUUCUGUGUGGCAGAGGAGGCAGGCUUUGGCAUCUCUGUACCUGCCUCUCUGACAGCCUUCCAGAUGUUCUUUGUUGAAAUGACACUGCCCUAUUCCAUCAUUCGGGGAGAAGACUUCUUACUUAGAGCCAAUGUUUUCAACUACAUGGGCACUUGCAAUCAGGUCAAGGUCUUUUUGGCAAAUUCUGAAGAUUAUUUGGUUCAGCUCCUCUCACCAAGUGAUGCUGAUGGAUGUGUGUGUUCCAAUGAACGGAAAACCUAUGUCUGGAAAAUUAUUUCCAAAAACAUUGGUGAGGUGACGUUCAACAUUACAGCCGAGAUUCUGGAUGGCGGAAGCUGUCAGGGUAAAUCUGCUGGAGACCUGGUGAUAAGGUGGAAAGACACCCUGAUCAGGACCCUUUUGGUUGAGCCUGAAGGCAUUGAAAAGGAAGUGACCCAAAGCUCCCUCAUCUGUACAAAAGAUGGAGCAGCCUCUCGAAGUAUGUCUCUGAAGCUGCCUAAAAAUGUGGUAGAAGGAUCAGACAGAGCCUUUUUUUCUGUUAUAGGUGACAUCCUAGGCACAGCCAUGCAGAACCUGCACCAGCUCCUCCAGAUGCCCUUUGGUUGUGGGGAACAGAACAUGGUCCUGUUUGCUCCCAACAUCUACAUCCUGGACUACCUGAAUAAGACAAAGCAGCUGAGUGAGGAGACCAAAUCCAAGGCAAUAGGAUACUUAGUUAGUGGGUACCAGAAGCAGAUGUCAUAUAAGCACCCUGAUGGAUCCUACAGCAUCUUUGGCAGUAGGGAUGAGGAAGGAAACACAUGGCUCACUGCCUUCGUGUACAAGUGCCUCGCUCAAGGCAACCGCUACAUCUACAUCGACAGCAAUGUCCAGGAGCAGACUCUGGUAUGGCUCUCAGGCAAACAAAAGCCAGAUGGCUGCUUCCAAAGUAUUGGGAAACUCUUCAACAAUGCCUUGAAGGGAGGAGUAGAUGAUGAGCUUUCCCUUUCUGCCUACAUCACCAUUGCUUUGGUGGAGGCUGGACUCCCCAUCUCGCACACUGUGGUCCGAAAUGGCCUGUUUUGCUUGGAAGCUGCAAGUGAAAAGGGAAUCAGCAAAGUUUAUGUCCAGGCACUCCUGGCCUAUGCCUUCUGCUUAAUCGGCAACCAGGCAAAAUGCAAUUUCUUCUUGAAGGAGCUAGACAAAUCAGCCAAGGAAGUUGGUGGCACCAUACACUGGGAACGGGAGGAGAAGCCCUUGGCAGAAAGCUUCCCCUCCUUCUCUGCCCGUGCCCCUUCUGCUGAGGUAGAAAUGACUGCCUAUGUGCUGCUGGCACUGCUCAACAAACCCAACCGGACUUUAGGGGAUCUAACCCGUGCUUCACAGAUUGUGCAGUGGGUUGUGCGACAGCAGAACCCUUAUGGAGGCUUCUCUUCCACCCAGGACACGGUCAUUGCUCUUCAAGCACUGGCAGAUUAUGGUGCAGCCAGCUACUCUGAGGUUGGUCAAAACACAGUCAGCAUCUCCUCCAGCAAGCCCUUCAAGAAGGUGUUUAUUGUGAAUAACAGGAAUAGGCUACUGCUGCAACAGGCUCCCCUGCCUGAUGUCCCUGGGAACUAUAGUUUGGAAGUGAAUGGCAGUGGAUGUGUCUUUGUGCAGACGACCCUGAGAUACAACAUCCCUCUCCCCCAGAAGGCCUCUGGGUUCACUCUUUCAGUGAAGGUGGAAAAUGCUUCCUGUGCAAACCCCAUGGGAUUAAAAUUUGACAUUAUCAUCUCAACCAGUUACACUGGGAAGCGCAAUGUCUCCAACAUGGCCAUUAUUGAUGUGCAGAUGCUCUCAGGUUUUGUGCCUGUCAAAUCAUCCUGGCAGAAGCUUCUUGAUGAUAAUACUGUGAUGCAGGUAGAAACCAAGCAAAAUCAUAUCCUCUUCUACAUAGACAGUGUCUCCCAGGUGAAAACCCGUAUCUCAUUCACAGUUGAGCAAGAACUCUCAGUAUUCAACCUCAAACCAGUUCCAGUGCUGAUCUAUGAUUACUAUGAACCUGAUGAGAACGCUAUUGCUAAAUACAAGAUGCCCUGCAAUGAAACUAUCUCUGAAAGCAGCUAGUGGUAGGAAAAGGAAUGUGAUGAAUGAUGAAUGAGUGAUGAUGUGUCUAGCUUUCCUUUGUUCUUAGAUCAAAACAACCAUUUCACUGCACUUCACUCUUCUAACCACAGGAUCAGCCCAUGAGGUCAUCUGUCAUUUUUACCUUAACUGAGGCCAGAUGCUCCUGUACCUUCCACAAAGUUUCUGUCCUGAUCCCUAACCUAAACAUGUAC